UGAAGGCAGACAGAAAUUAGGUGCCUUUUUCCUCUUCAUUGUAACCACUACCACCACCACCAUUUGUGUUUUGUUGCGGACAACUAGCGGUGAGCGCGUGUUUUGUUGUUCGGUGCCCAUUACCUGCCGUUUGUGACCCCUGCAUGGAUUUCAGUGAAUCUAAAGUGUGUCGCUUUACUUCGCUAACAGCAUAGACUGUGCUGCGUUCUACGUUUACCGCUCGUGAAUAUACUUUUUAGGUUUUUCUUUUAAUUUUGUGCCGGUGGCGUCCGCGUCCCUGCAGUGUGUCCGCUGGCAGCCUGGCAGUGCGUGCGUUUUUACUGAACGAUUCCAAGCUGAACUGUCCCGUUACCUUUCUGGACAACGCGCGAAAGUGAGUUAACGAAAGGAAAAAAAAGACAACGCAGUCGGGCUACGCGUGCCUCAUUUCUGAACAGCGUUGUUCAUCCGUUGUGUGCUCGCGUGCUCAUCGGCGGGUUCGCGCGCCUCCACCGAACCGUUCAAGACCGCGAACGCUCGCUAGAAUCACCGGUGCUCAACUCGGUCACCAGUGUCGCAUCCUCAUGAACCCUUCGUGGAAUCGGGUUGCCGAAGAGCGCCGUCAGAACGCGGCAUCCGCACAAGCUAUGAUCAACGACCCUGCUUCAACCGCAAGAAGCGGCGGUGGUGGUGCCGACAUCGCGGCAGUGACUGGAGGACCAGUCGCUCCCGCGCCCAGAGGACCUACCACCGCUGCCGGCAGCAGCGGCAGCGCCGAUGAUCAAGCCCGUCGAAAGCCGCGCAAGAAGCGGCGCAGGGUGGACGUCAGGACCGACGGCGACCGCGCCGUCGACGGCACCUCAGACCUCCCUGACGCCGCCGCUGCCGAGAGCGACACGCCCGCCACGCGAACAACCGCCGAGAACGAAGUCGAGAACGAGGUCGAGAGCGAUCAGGAAGACCUGAGUGGGCUGGAGGGAGCCGCGUUCCAGAGCCGACUUCCCUUCGACAAGAUGACCGCGCAGGAGGCGGCCUGCUUUCCCGACAUCGUGCAGAGCGCGCUGCAGACGCAAAAGAUCUUCCUGCACAUCCGCAACCGGCUGCUCCAGCUGUGGCUCGAGAAUCCCAAGCAGCAACUGGUGUUCGAGAACGCACUGCCCCAAAUGGAGCCGCCGUACAACAGUGACGGCCCCCUGGUGCACCGCAUCUUCUCCUACCUAGAGCGCCAGGGACUCAUCAACUUUGGCGUCUACGAGAGACCCCCGCCGGGACUUCACAAGAAGCAUGGCAAGGUCAUCGUCAUCGGUGCCGGAAUCUCGGGCCUGGCCGCGGCCCAACAGCUGCAGCAGUUCGGUAUGGAAGUACUCGUGCUUGAAGCCAGGGACCGUGUCGGAGGUCGCAUUGCCACCUUCCGCAAAGGUGGCUACGUAGCCGACCUGGGAGCCAUGGUGGUCACGGGUCUUGGAGGAAACCCCAUCACCAUCCUCAGCAAGCAGAUCAAGAUGGAACUGCACAAGAUCAAGCAGAAGUGCCCACUCUACGAGUCCAAUGGCACCACUGUGCCAAAGGACAAGGACGAAAUGGUGGAGCGAGAGUUCAACCGCCUUCUCGAGGCUACGUCGUACAUGUCGCACCACCUGGACUUCAACUACGUUCAGAACAAGCCUGUGUCACUGGGACAGGCCCUAGAGUGGGUCAUCAAGCUUCAAGAGAAGAGUGUCAAGGAGAAGCAGAUCGAGCACUGGAAGGCCAUCCUGGAGCUGCAGGAAAAGCUCAAGGAAAACCACACAAAGCUCAUCGAAGUACGUGAGCGAGUCGAGGAGCUGAAUCGGAUUUACCGAGAGUCGGCCGCACAGAAGCAGCGCGAUGUCACUCAGGAGUUCGUCCACCGAAGUCGCAUCCAUGACCUAACACUCGUGUGUCGAGAGUGGGACCAGCUCCUCGAGCAGCAGAGGGAGAUCGAGGACAAGCUCGAGGAACUGGAGUCGUCGCCGCCCAGUGAUGUCUACCUCUCGUCUCGCGAUCGCCAGGUCCUGGACUGGCACUUCGCUAACCUAGAGUUUGCCAAUGCAACGCCACUCAACAAUCUAUCUCUAAAGCACUGGGACCAGGAUGAUGACUUUGAGUUCACAGGAAGCCACUUGACCGUCCGCAAUGGCUACUCCUGUGUCCCUGUCGCCUUGGCUGAGGGGUUGGACAUUCGCCUCAACACUGCAGUCAAGCAUGUCUACCUCUCCGCUACGGGCGUCGAAGUCACAACAACCAACACACGUACCAACACAGGACUGGCCACGUUCAAGGCCGAUGCGGUUCUUUGCACCCUGCCACUUGGAGUGCUUAAGCAGUCAAUACUCAACAAUCCCAAUGUACUCAACACUGUACAGUUCGUGCCUCCACUGCCGGAGUGGAAAGCAGCGGCCAUCGCGCGCCUGGGCUUUGGCAACCUGAACAAGGUCGUGCUGUGCUUUGACCGCAUCUUCUGGGACCCGAACUCGAAUUUGUUUGGACACGUUGGUAGCACAACCGGAAGCAGGGGCGAACUCUUUCUCUUCUGGAACCUCUACAAGGCGCCCGUGCUCCUUGCCCUGGUUGCGGGCGAGGCGGCGACCAUCAUGGAGAACGUCAGUGACGACGUCAUCAUCGGCCGCUGCAUCGCGGUCCUCAAGGGCAUUUUUGGGAACAGCGCCGUGUCACAGCCCAAGGAGACAGUCGUGACAAGGUGGCGCGCUGACCCAUGGUCUCGUGGUUCUUACUCGUUCGUGGCAACUGGCUCAUCGGGCAACGACUACGACAUCCUGGCCGCGCCCGUCACGCCCAGCUCGAACCACAUGACGCCAGCACUCCCACGACUCUUCUUUGCCGGGGAGCACACCAUUCGAAACUAUCCCGCCACGGUUCACGGGGCAUUGCUCAGUGGUCUGAGAGAGGCUGGGCGAAUCGCUGACCAGUUCCUGGGAUGUCCUUAUGCACCAAGCUGCAACUAAAGUGGCCUUACUUAAACCUGUCACUGACCGCAAAUGCACCGUCAUUCACCAACACUUGUAAAACUUAACUUUUUUGUACAAUGUUUGCAAAGUAAUGAACCUUGUAACCCAACUGCUUUAGUAGCCCUUAAAAGGUCUAUUCUAUAGUAACAACAGUGAAAGCAUCACUGAGAGGCUUAGCUAAGCAUAACCAUUUCAUCUAGACUUCAUGUUAUUAUUAAUCAUCAAGCUCAUCACAAGUCCGUGCCAGUUGUUCGUGUCCAUUCUAAUGUACCACAUGUGCUGUUUGCAUUUACAGUCACUUCAAAUCAUCUGCAAGUCCUGCUGCGCAACGCAUUUUGAGCAUAAUGAAUUUUUUGCCGUGGCUUAGUGUGUCACGCUGAUUGCUCAGGACAGCACUGCCUUUUUCCUUUUAUCUAAGAAAGAACGGCUUGCCCAGAAAGCACAAUAUUUUAGUUUAGAGCAGCUUUGUGUCAUCUACUUCAAUACAUUGUCUGAGCUCAUCUCACUCGAGUACUGCAGCUUUGUGCUUCCAUUAAACAAAGGCAUGCAUGGAUGUAAGGGAGAAACAUAGUGCCUGGUUGCAUGCAGUGCAACACUCACUGUACAAAUCAUAUUCUAGUUUCGUGCACUGAGUCUUCAAGUGGCAUAUCAUGGUACAAGUAUGAAAACAUUUCUGGGCAGUGCACAGUUGCUAAACGUUCACCGCUUCAUAUAGUUUUUGAUAUUGUGUUGGCAUGUUCAGACUAGUGAGAAAGCUGAUGUUGCAUUGGGAACAACGUUUGUAAAUCAGUGCUGGCCUGUAAACACUGAUUAAAUUGCUUAAUCUUUUAACAAGUUUUUUUGGGUGCAUUAAAAGCUUUUCGAAAUCACA